AUGUGUAAUGAUCUGAAAAUCAUACACAUAAGUGGACGCCCUAAAGCACCAUGGAUUCAGGGUCAAGUAGAAAGGCAAGUUAUUUGUAACGAGGACGAUGGAGACAUGAUAUUGAUGCGAAUCCAAAUAACCGAAAAUACCCCCUAUACGAUCAGAUUUGAUUACACUAUACAGUGGUUUUUGAAUGAUUCCUUAAUAUCGUGUAAGGCUGCGCAUUUUGCCGAAGAGCUACAACUUAGUAACUUUAAAAAUUCUAAUGGAUUUCUGGCAAAAUUCAAAAAGAGACACGGUUUUAGAAUGCUAAAAUUACAUGGAGAGAUGCGAACAGAUAAAGUAGUUGACAUUAAUUCUUUUCGUGAAGAAUUUAAAGAAAUUUCUAAAUCGUAUAAGCCUGAUCUAAUUUAUAAUUUGGAUGAAACUGCAUUAUACUACAAGCUUAUUCCAUCGAAAAGCGUAUGCAGAAACCGAUUCCAAGGAUACAAAAAUUUUAAAGACCGUGUGUCUAUUAUGCUUUGUUCAAACAUGACCGGAAGUCAUAAAUUGAAACCUGUGAUGAUUGGAAAACCAAAAAUGCCUAGAUGUUUUAAAAAUUUUGACUAUGGAUGUCUUGUCUCAUAUUAUAGCUCACAGAAAGCUUGGAUGACUGGAUCUAUUUUUAUUGAUUGGAUUAUUAGCUUUGAUCUCCAGCUAAAAUUAAAAAGAAGAAAAUUUUAUUGCUAA